AAGAAGAAGAGCGAGAGGCGAGCACGUGUACGUUUGUUUACAUCUCGCGUAGGCGCGUGACAUCCGGAUCCGCCCCCUUUUCCCAUGCCGGUGCGGAAGUGGACUUCGCCCACGUGGUUCAUCAGAGGGUUGGCUUCACAGAGAACGCCAAACUAUCGACUUCAAACCGAAUAUAAAGAUAAAGAUAACAUCUUUUUACAAAUGUUUUUCUAUUUAUCGUACAUGGAGAGUUAGCUAAAGUGUUAGCUUAGCAGGCUAAUUAGCAGGUUAGCACUGAAGGGGCCGAAAGAGAAGGAGUCGAGCUGAGCAUUGGUCAGAGACACGAUGUCAGGAAGAGGUCGAGGUCGGAGUCUCUUCACCUUUAACGUGGAUUCUUUGGGUUUCGGGAGAGGAGAAGCUUUACCCAGCAGCGCCCAGGCUCCUUCACCGCUCUACCCUCCCAUGCAGUUCAGACCGGUUCCUCUGCAGACGGGAGAGGAGGUGGACUACAUGCUCGCUCUUAAACAGGAAUUCCGAGCUUCCAGCAAGAACCUGCCCUUCCACAUCCAACCAGCAGCACCUAAGAAAGACGUGGCCCGUUACUCUGAUAAAUACCAGAAUGGAGAGCCCAAGCACAGCGAAUGGACUCCAGACUGGACUCGACUCCCUAAAGAACUCUGCAUCAAAGUUCAGAAGUCGCGCAAACCCAAGACCAAACCUUUAGUGAAGCGCAAAACUAAACCUGCUGCUGCUGGCAAAGAACUCAUACAGAAACUGGAGAACCUGGAAAAGAAAGAGGAUGAGAACCAAUCCGAGGAGGAGGACGAGGAGAAGAAGAAAAAGACGGGAGAGGAAGAAGAAGAGCCUGACGAUGCAGAGGAGUACGACGAAGAAGAGCUCGAGGAGGAGACCGACUACAUCAUGUCCUACUUCGACAACGGCGAGGGUUUCGGAGGCGACAGCGACGACAACAUGGACGAAGCCACAUACUGAAAAAAAACGUUUAAUUUAUUUGAAGAUUUUCUUUUAGACGAAGAAGUGUGUGUGUUUGUGUAAGGAAAUCGAUUGUUUAAACAAGAUUUAACUCUAACUAAUUCUUGUUCCAUCAGAGUUGAGUACAAAAUGGCAUAAACCCCAGUUUUAAUUCAUGUGUAUAUUAAAGAUUUAGGAGAUUUAUGGCUGCUGUUUACAUUUAUGAGCAGUUUUGUCCGAUAUUUUUGCUGCUCCUCUCCUGAAUGCAUUGCAUUGUGGGACAUCUUUAUUUUUCAUUUGUCACUGAAUGUGUUUGAGACGAUAAGCUGUGAAAUAAUCUGUGUGUGAAAGUUGUUGUUUUAGUGUUAUCGAAUGUAUCUGAAAGAGCUGCUGUAACGUGAGGGCUGCAAUAAUGACGUCAUCCAGAAGGUGGCGCAGGUGACUACAGGAGCAGAGCUGCAGCGUCGAUUUCAGCUCUUUCUUUUAUUUAAUAUUAACUUUAUUUUAGAUAAAGGACCCGGGGUCCCGGUGUGGUGGGACAGUGGGACAUGACAAUCCUGAAGCAGUGUGUACUUUAAGAGUGUGUGUGAAUUAAAACGUGUUGUGAAGUGUUUGUGGGUUUGAAUAGAGCAUCAUUUCAUUCAUUUCUUUACUCUGUGUGUUAGGGUUCCUAA